GAUCAACACAUGGAGGAAGCUCAUUUAGUUAAUAGUCCAAGACUAGUUCUAACCUUCUCCAAGAGAAAGAAGCAAAAGCCUGAUUUUCAGGAUUCAGACAUGAUAAGGUCAUCUCCGUUCAGAACAUCACAAGUGCAUGGACCUAAACACUCUGAGGUGUAUGGUUUUGUUGGGUCCAUAUCCACUGUUGUAGCCACAGUGAUCUUCUUGAUAUGGGCAUAUGUACCAGAUAAACUGUUGGAGUCUAUACGGAUCCGUUACUACCCAAGCAGGUAUUGGGCAUUGGCUACGCCGACGUAUCUGAUGAUGACUUUGCUGUUAGGUUUGGCGUUUUAUAUUGGUCUCAACUUCACCACCACUCCACACCCAACCUCUCUCAAUACCUUGUUUGAUGAGUACAGCCGAGAACUUGGGGAGUUUGAUCCUCAGAUGGAGGAAGAGGAUGAGAGGCCUAUAGGUCCAACCUCUGACAUUGAUAUUACAAGUAUCAGUGAUGUCAUGUUCAGUUCAAGUGAUUUCAUGUAG